AUGGAAGGCGGAGAGGGAGGAGCGGGAGUGAGUGUUAAGCGUGAGGGCGUGAAGAAGCUGGCCAAGUUUGGAAGGCACGCACGAGGCGCUCAACGUCGAUCGGAGCCUCCUUCGCUGCUACCACGCCCAAGAACAGUAACCCGACACCCAAGACAAAGGGGAAAGGAGAGGGGAUAUGGCAAAUGGCGUAUGGCAUAUGAAAUAGGAAGGCGCGGUCCUGGCAACGGACGACAACGAGACGACGACAUACCUCUGAGCACCGUCGACAGGGCUGCCCGCCUGCCGUCGACUUCCAUCAGUGCUGGUCUUGAUCGUGGAACUCGAGCGCAUGGCUGGUCUGCUGUUGUUGCUGUCGUUGUUGCUGUUGUUAUGAUCGCUGGCAGCAGCGGAGGGAUUCUGCGGCACAGAAUUGCUGAGGGGGUUGCCUGA